CGCGGGGGGCCGGUCUCGCGCGGCCUCGAGGAGGAGUUGCUGGCGACGGCGGCGACGGAGGAGGCUGGCGGCGGGGAGAGGGCGGGGACUGAAGACUCGGAGGAGGUGGAGGCGAUCGGGAGUUUCUGGAUUCUUUAUCCGGUGUUUUGAGGGCUGCCCGACGGAGGGCUGUCGCUUGGGCCGCGUUGAGGAGCGAGUAAGGGCGAGAGGAUCGGCCGCCGCCGGGGCUUGGAGAAUAAGAAGGCUAACCUGAAUAUUGGGGGAAAAAACAGAGAAGAGAAACAAGGGUAGAAGACAAGGUUUCCCAGUUUGAUUAAUAUUUCCCUCAUGGAUACAUUUCAUAGCAUUAUUAUGUGAUAUGAGAAGUUAUUUUUCUUUCUUUGAAGUAACAUGGAUUUUAUACUACAGAAUCAAGAGAAUUGGCUUUAUAGGAAAAUUUGAUAUAUAAAAAGUGGUACAGGUUUUUAUAGAUAACCAUGACAACAUCGUAUAUGAAUGGGCAUGUAACAGAGGAAUCAGACAGCGGAAUAAAAAAUCUUGAUCUUGCAUCACCAGAGGAAUAUCCGAAGCACCGAGAGAUGGCUGUUGACUGCCCUGGAGAUUUGGGCACCAGAAUGAUGCCAGUGCGAAGAAGUGCACAGUUAGAGCGCAUUCGACAACAGCAGGAGGAUAUGAGACGUAGGCGUGAAGAGGAAGGGAAAAAGCAAGAACUUGAUCUAAAUUCUUCCGUGAGACUUAAGAAACUAGCUCAAAUUCCUCCAAAGACUGGAAUAGAUAACCCUAUAUUUGACACAGAAGAAGGAAUUGUUUUAGAAAGUCCUCACUAUGCUGUGAAAAUAUUAGAAGUUGAAGACUUGUUCUCUUCGCUUAAACACAUCCAACACACUUUGGUUGAUUCUCAGAGCCAGGAGGAUAUUUCACUGCUUUUACAGCUUGUACAAAAUAGAGAUUUUCAGAAUGCAUUCAAGAUACACAAUGCUGUCACAGUGCACAUGAACAAGGCCAGCCCUCCGUUUCCUCUUAUCGCCAAUGUACAAGACCUUGUACAAGAGGUACAAACUGUCUUAAAGCCAGUCCAUCAGAAGGAAGGACAAGAAUUAACUGCUUUGUUGAAUGCUCCACAUAUUCAGGCACUUUUACUGGCCCAUGAUAAGGUUGCUGAGCAGGAAAUGCAGCUAGAGCCCGUUACAGAUGAGAGAGUCUAUGAAAGUAUCGGCCACUAUGGGGGAGAAACUGUAAAGAUAGUUCGUAUAGAAAAGGCUCGGGAUAUUCCAUUGGGUGCUACAGUUCGUAAUGAGAUGGAUUCUGUCAUCAUAAGCCGGAUAGUGAAAGGAGGCGCAGCAGAGAAGAGUGGGCUCCUGCACGAAGGAGACGAAGUUCUGGAGAUCAACGGCAUUGAAAUCCGGGGGAAGGAUGUCAAUGAGGUUUUUGACUUGUUGUCGGACAUGCAUGGUACUUUGACAUUUGUUCUGAUUCCUAGUCAACAGAUCAAGCCCCCUCCUGCCAAAGAAACUGUAAUCCAUGUGAAAGCUCAUUUUGACUAUGACCCCUCAGAUGACCCUUAUGUUCCAUGUCGAGAGUUAGGGCUGUCUUUUCAAAAAGGAGAUAUACUUCAUGUGAUCAGUCAAGAAGAUCCAAAUUGGUGGCAGGCCUAUAGAGAGGGAGAUGAAGAUAACCAGCCUCUAGCUGGACUUGUUCCAGGCAAAAGCUUUCAGCAGCAAAGGGAAGCCAUGAAGCAAACUAUAGAAGAAGAUAAGGAGCCAGAAAAAUCAGGAAAACUGUGGUGUGCAAAGAAGAAUAAAAAGAAGAGGAAAAAGAUUUUAUAUAAUGCCAAUAAAAAUGAUGAUUAUGACAAUGAAGAGAUCUUAACAUAUGAGGAAAUGUCACUUUACCAUCAGCCAGCAAAUAGGAAAAGACCUAUCAUCUUGAUCGGUCCACAGAACUGUGGCCAGAAUGAACUGCGCCAGAGACUCAUGAGCAAAGAAAAAGACCGCUUUGCAUCUGCAGUUCCUCAUACAACUCGGAAUAGGCGAGAUCAUGAAGUAGCUGGGAGAGAUUACCACUUUGUUUCACGGCAAGCAUUUGAAGCAGAUAUAGCAGCUGGCAAGUUCAUUGAACACGGUGAAUUUGAGAAAAAUCUGUAUGGAACCAGCAUAGAUUCUGUACGACAAGUAAUCAACUCUGGCAAAAUAUGUCUUUUAAGUCUUCGAACACAGUCUUUGAAGACUCUCCGGAAUUCAGAUUUGAAACCAUAUAUCAUCUUCAUUGCACCACCUUCACAAGAGAGACUUCGGGCAUUGUUAGCCAAGGAAGGCAAGAACCCAAAGCCUGAAGAAUUAAGGGAGAUCAUUGAGAAGACUAGAGAGAUGGAGCAGAACAAUGGCCACUACUUCGACACUGCAAUUGUGAAUUCAGAUCUUGAUAAAGCCUAUCAGGAAUUGCUUAGGCUCAUUAACAAACUGGAUACUGAACCUCAGUGGGUGCCAUCCACCUGGCUAAGGUGAAGGAAAUGGCUAUUCUGUGUUAUCAUGAUGAACUUUAUUUGGCAAACUGCCAACAGGAAGAUAGCCUUAACGCUGAGGGUUAAAUCUCUUAAACUAAUGAGAAAGGUCCAUUAGGCAUUCUAUAGACAACACAUCCUACACAUUGCUUUAGGGGGCCUUGACUUGUGUGGAGAUUUAAAAUGGAAGCUUCCUUCAGAGCAUUUCUGAUGUAUCCUGGUAAAACCUUUUGUUUUCACCUUUCUGACUCUUUGCCUCUGGGUCAGAUGUCUAUAAAAAAAAAGUGUGUAUAUAUGUAAUAGUCCAUUGUCUCACAUGGUUAUGAAUAUUAACACUAUUUAACAUUUAACUUAAAUGACUUCAUGGGAUUAUUGAGAGAAGGGGCUGUGCUUCUGUGCACUGAGAAUAACAGUAUUUUCUUAAAUAACUGACUUGGUCAUCAGAAAUAUUUCUCUUAAAAAAGAAAAGGAAAAAAAGGUGCCACUUUAGUUUGGAGUAACUUUUCACGUUUAAAUUUAUUGGUUAUAUCUUUUAAUUCUGAAAAACAUUCCAUUAAAAGUACCAGUUUUGCUGGGCAUGGAAGUGCAUGCCUUUAGUCCCAGUACUCAGAGACAGAGGCAGGUGGAUCUCUGAGUUCAAGACCAGCCUGGUCUACAGAGUGAGUUCCAGGCCAGUCAAGUCUGCACAGAGAAACUUUGUCUCAAAAAACCAAAAAUAAAAAAAAAAGUCCAGCCCUUCAGCUUGAACUUUGUGGAUGAGAAUGCAGCCUCCAGUGUAGUUACGAGUAUACAAAAGAUGCUGACAUUUUUAAAGAUAGAAUUUUCUGAAUUACUUUAUUAAAUUGUGGUGAUUUGAUAGCCUUGACUCCUUGUUCUGAUAAAGAGUUCAUAUAAACUAUAUUGACCAUUAAAAUUUCUUCCUUGUGAUGCAAAUAUUUUUUUAUGUCAGCGAAAGGACAUAACACAUUUGACAGUUUCUGCAUUUUAAUUCUAAGCACAGAAUUAUAUCUAUGACUGUGCUACAUAUGUAGGUAUCAAACUGGAAAUCUGUACUGUAUACUGAUAUUUAAUAGAUUAGUAAAUAGUUGUGUUAUGCAUUGAAAUAAAGUUUUAUACAUACAUACACACUGAGGAAAUACUGACAACUAACUGACUUAGAGAUGAGAAGGAAGGAAGGCCUUGAGCUUUUAGACAAGGACAGCAGUGUUGUUUUAUUAAGCGUGUACAGACAAGUUUUUGUCCGGACAGUCUUCCUUGUGACUGAAACAUAGCAGCUUGCUAAAUCUUCAAUGUUCAUGCUAAUGGGAUUUUUGUACUGUCUCUUUAGCUAUAGCUUUAAAAUUCAUUGUCUACAAAUCUACACAGAAAGUUAACUUGUAGUCUUCUCAAGCCUUUAAGGACAAUGUUCUGUGUGACAACCAACCUCAAAUGUGAAUGUCUUGAUUUUAUGUAGCUACGGAAUUUCAUGUUCCCAGAGCUAAACAAACACUGGAAUGACACUGACUUGUCACUUAGCACAGCAGUUGGUGUUAAUGUCUUGUCAGUGCUGUUUGUGUGUCUCAUUUCUCUUCUGGAUAAUCUUAUUGGAACAAAUGUUGAGUGUGUCUUUUUAUGUUCAGUUUUGCAUGGCUUUUGUAGUUGGCUGGCAAGUGUGUCUAUUAGAAAUACUUUCAAAAUAAUUUUCCUUAGGAAUAAAAGCACAUUCUUGGAUUGAGGGAAGGAAUCUCAAGUCUGAACACUCCCAGUUUACAGCAGGAAAUGUUGACACCCUUGUCAACAUUGAAGGUCAAUUCACUUAGCACUUAAAGGAUUAAAUCUUUUCAGUUUUUCACCGUUUUUUUUUUUUCUCAGGAAUGAAAGGUAGUCUAUGGUCAGUAGAGCUUUGUGAUCUACAUGCCAACUAAAAAUACUGACUGGUGAGCAUACCUGUAACCCUAUAGAAAAACCUAGAGUUUAAGGCUGCUGGGUUGCUUGAGACCGUCUCAAAAAAAUAAAUAAGAAAAAAAAAAGCCGUUUUACAUGUGAUUGUAUAGCCAUUAGGGGCAAUUCAAUUUCCUAUCCAUCUGUGGUUCUGAUUGGAAACUGCCGUGCCAGGGAAGUCUUAGCCACUUACAGAAUUGAUAUUGUGGUUGGCUGGGAACACAGCUCAGUUGGUAGAAUACCUCCCAGCAUGCACAAAACCCCGGCUAUGGCAGAAGGCAAGCAUGGGUGUUGAUGGGAAGUGGAAGCAGAAGGAUUGGCAGCUCGCUCGAGGUUACUAUCAACUACAUGAGACCCUGCCUCAGAAACAAAGCAGGUAAUACCAGCUAAUGACAUGUCCUCGGGAAAUCCAGACAAGGAAGGACCUUCAUCUCUUAGAUUUUCAUACUUCAGGAUAUUAGUAUCUAGACUGGUCCAGAUUAGCUUCCUAUGAAAAUCUAGUGUAUGGAUUGUUUUCCUUCUCUCAUGGCCUAAGGAGUAAAUAUGGAUAAGGAAUUAUUUGAAUGUAAUUUUUUUCGAAUGUGUGGAAAAUAUAAACCAGGGAUUUAUCCUUAAUGAAGGUAGCCACUGACAUUUGUUGUUGAUCUCCCUUUGUACUGUCUUGUUUCUGCACUCGUUAUUUUGAGAUAUCAUACUGCACAAUGUAUUAUAAAAAUAAAAAGUAAACCUAUAUUUCAAAUUGUAAAA